UAAGAUUGAUCACUUGCAUAAGAAGCUGAAGAAGCUUUUUGAUGUCUAUAAAAAGAACCCAAAGAAAGCUGCUGGAACUUCAGACUCCACAGUGGGACAAAACAUUCUUCCAGGAUAUGAUGUAAGUUUCUCUGUGUAAGAAGUUUUAAAACUCUGUGAAGGAUAAUGUGUCAGAAGUUUCUGUGAUUCUCAGAAACUGUGCAAGUAUAGUCUUUGUCUUUAACUCAUUCUGUCUUUAAGUAUAGUCAAAUGGUUUCUUAAGUAUAGUUUCAUCAAAGUGUAUUGGUUUCUCAGAAACCGUUUCUGGUAUGAUUGCUGCAGGUUUGUAGUCUCUGUGAUUCUGUCUUUUAAGGAUAAAAACUCAUCAUUUUCAUGUAUUGAUCUGUGUAUUGUCUGUCUAUGCAGGGGUUUUAUGCUUUUAUUUCUCAGACGGCUGGUGCUAAUGGAAAGUCCGCAUUAGACAAGUAUUUGGAUGAACCUGUUUUGGAUAUGGUGGCCUUUAAGAGCAUGGAUAUAUUGGCUUAUUGGAGAGACAACGCAAACCGGUUCAAAGAAUUGUCUGCUAUGGCCUGUGAUGUCUUGAGCAUCCCCAUUACAACAGUAGCUGCAGAAUCUUCAUUUAGCAUAGGAAGCCGAGUCUUAAAUAAGUACAUGAGUUCACUUCUUCCUUCAAAUGUGCAAGCACUGAUUUGCGCAAGGAAUUGGCUACGUGACUUUGAAGAAAUUAGUGUUCCAGUUGAGUUCCUUGAUGAAGACAAAGGUGUGAAGGAAGGAGAAGAAGAAGUUUAAGACAUUUGUGAAGGAAGUAGAAGAAGAAGUUCACAUUUGAAUACUUUAUUGCUAUGAUUUGCUUUUGGAUUUGAUACUUUGUUGCUUUGAUUUGCUUUUGUAUGUGAUACUUUGUUGUUUAUUUGGAUAUUUGUCUUAAACUUUUGGAUUGAAUUUGAGAUUUUUGCAGA